AUGGACGAAGCACCACCACACUCUUCUGCAGCGACUGUCGCUUCUUCACUGCCAGAAGCAGAAGUUGAUGAAGAACGGAUGAUAACUCCCCCUCUUCCUGUUGUCUCGAAUGUACCGCAUGAAGGAGAUGAUGUACGAGAUGCAAGCGACAGAUCUGACAACUCUGGUCAUACAGAAACGACAACUGACGAACCAUUGGCGAAUGGCAGCACAACUAGAACUGCUGCUGAAAAUAACGCUAUUCCUGAUGAAAUCCGUGAAAUCCGGUCUUGCAUGCCGCGGUAUUUCUAUGCUAUGUUUGUAGACAUUGAAAUACCUGAUGGUGUAGACCCAGCAUUCCUUGCGGCUUUACCGGAAGAUAUGCGCGCAGAAGUGAUUCGUGAUCACCGUCGGCAGCAACGAGCACAACGUGCUGCUCAAGUCCCCGCAACUGUUCCACCGCAGGGAGAGGGCGCUGGUGAAGGUGCCUCAAACGCUGUUCCAGUUGUGGAGCCUCUAGAUCAGGAGUUCCUUGCUGCGUUACCUCCUGAAUUGCAAGAAGAGAUUCUGGCGCAACACGAACGUGCAGUUCGUGAAGCUGAGGAGGCGCUCCGUAGAGCGAACGCACCAGCUCCACCUGCAGCUCCGGAACCAGAAAUGGAUGGUGCGGCUGUUAUCGCAUCUCUUCCUGCACAUGAAAGAACGCAGGUGUUGGCCGAGAUGGACGAAUCCGAAUUGCAACGUCUUCCUACCGAGAUGCAGGACGAAGCACGACGAGCCCGCGCUAAUUUAGAACCAAACAUUCUUCGAUUCCGCCAUUUGUUGAUGCCUUCUUCUGCUCGAUCACGUGGACUUCGUUCGAACGUGAAUUUGGCUGGAUUUGGAGGAGGAUUUAGUGGAAUGGGUGCUAGUGGAAGCCAUGGUGCCGGUAGCAGCGGCACUCCUUCCGUUGGUAGCCUGGCCGGGCAAGCGAACACCGCCAGUGCUCAAUCACUUCAACUUCUUGAUCGAGACUCAAUACUGAUCCUCACGAUGUUGUUCUUGGUCGAUAGUAGACUGAGUAAUGGUCGUUUGCAGAAGGCAUCAUCUUGCAAGUCUCUCGCCGCCAAGGAAGCACGUGAAAGUGGCGAACGUAUGUCUCUGGAAAGUUCCUACAUGGGUCGCCUCAUGCGACAUCUCAGCAAAAAUCUGGUUGCUCAAAAUGGACAAGUUCAGGAUCGUUUACUGCGUGUAAUUAGUACGAUAGUGCAAACCUUACCGAAUGACACUAUGGCAUUGUUGGGAAACCUGGAAGGACCAAAUCCGCUAGAAAGUCAACUGAAAGCUGUGAUCGAUGUUCUCAUGCGUGGAUCAUGUAGUAAUGAAGGCCUUGCUGACGGACGAACACUGCUUGUCGAGUGCAUGCGUGCUCUCCCUCCCUCUAUAACGGAUACUAUCUACGAACAGCUGUUCACAGCCGUGCAAAAUGUUGGACUAGAACUACAACCACAGACACUGAGCGCGAGCUCAUGCCCAGAACUUCAACUCCCAGCAGUCACCAUGUUAACAGACAAGUCAGGUGCUCAGUAUAAGCUGUUGAGUGCCCUGCAAACUCUUUCGAAAAUACGCGACACUAUGCGUCAGAUGAAGGAGGAACGCCGCAAAAAGGAGGAACUCGAAAAGAAAAAGAAAGAGGAAGAGGCUAAAGCCGCGGAAGCUAAGCAAAGUGCUGAGAGCAAAACGAUUGAUCCUGUUGCUGUUGACGAUGCGACAGCACCAACACCGGAAACGUCCCAAUCAGCUGCCGUACAAGAAGAAUCAACUCCUAUGGCCACUUCCACGAGUGCUAAUGAUGAGGACCAAUCCAAGCAAUCAGCUGAGGAAACCAACGAAGAUGUUGUGUUGAGUCAUCGCUUGACAGGUCUUGAAGAGCUCUGGGAAGUUGUGUCAGCAUGCCUACUUCGUCUUGGAAAGGCAUCGGAUCAUCAUGCUGUGCUCGCACUUCAACCUGCAGCAGAAGCUUUCUUCCUGGUUCAUGCUGUACCACGCCCUGCGCACGCUGCAAGUGAUCACCAUCAUGACGACCCCGAUACUUUGAAAAUGAUUGCGUUCGCAGAAAAGCAUCGAGAAGUUUUGAACCAAGUAUUGCGACAGAACAAUACCGCAUUGUCGCCAGGCGGUCCAUUCGCCGCUCUCAUCCAGUUCCCAAAGCUUUUGGACUUUGACGUCAAGCGAAAGUACUUCAGGAAAGAGCUUGGAAAAAUGGAUGGAGAUAGAGGCUUCCGUCGAGCUGAUGUGCAAGUUCAAGUCAGGCGAUCGCAAAUAUUCUCGGACUCCUUCCGAGAAUUGUACAGACUACGACGAAUUGAGUGGAAACAUACGCUUUACCUAAUAUUUCGAAGGUUGUGCAUAUGUGAAGAAGGUCAAGAUGCGGGAGGUCUGCUUCGUGAAUGGUUCUCGGUAAUUACAAGAGAGAUAUUCAACCCGAACUAUGCGCUCUUCAUCACGGCACCAGGCGACAUGGUUACGUAUAUGAUCAACAAGGCGUCCUACAUCAAUCCUGAACAUCUGGAUUAUUUCAAGUUUGUGGGACGAUUGAUAGCCAAAGCUAUUUAUGAUAACAAACUAUUGGACUGCUAUUUCACACGUGCCUUCUACAAACACAUUCUAAAUCUACCGGAUCCUGCUUUCUACAAGUCACUCGAGUUCUUGCUCAACAAUCCUAUCGAUGAUCUGGGACUGGAUUUAAGCUUCAGUCUCGAGGUGGAAGAGUUUGGUGUUCGCUCAAUCCGUGAUUUGAAACCAGAUGGAAGGAAAAUUGAUGUGACGGAUGCAAAUAAGGAGGAUAUACGUCAAGCCUGGUUCUAUUCGCAAACAGCUCGACGCAUUCCUCACCGGCUUCUAUGA